AUGAUACGCCGUUGUUUCGCCGCCCUUUGUUCCGUGUGCGACCAAGAUCAGAUCACGAUUCGACGUUGCGUCAUUUUCGGACCGUACCGUACCGUACCGUACCGUACCGUAGCUCACCAUAUCAUACCCUUGGCCACUUCCCCGAGCCCCAGCUGGCUGCCCGAGCCCCAGGAUCCAGAAAUCGCUUCUGCACGCGAUUUUCCAGCUGGGGCUCGGGGAAGUGGCCAAGUAUCAUACCGUACCGUACCGUACCGUACCGUGCCGUACCGUACCCUGCCGUACCGUACCCUGCCGUACCGUACCGUACCGCAACUCAAUCUGCUUUCCUCGCGUCUCUUACGCCCACCUACUUUCCAGCGUCGACUGAUGAUCAAGAGGAGAAUAUGCGAAUGGAAUAAUAUGCUGCUGCUCACAGGUCAGUGGGGCGUAGCAGCGUUGCGCCUGCGCCCGUGGGUGCAACCACUUGUCAAGAGUCGGAGGCAAUAUCUGGCGACUGAAAGCUUCAGCGUAGGCCAGGCUGUCGAUGGAAGGGAGCAUAGCAAGUCGCGACACCGGCGUAAGUGGACAGCACACGAGACGGCGGAGCUGAUCAGGUUGAAAUCAUGCGGCGUGCCGGUGAAGGACUGGCUGUCGCAUUUCAGCGGCAGAACCUACAGCAGCCUCGAGACCAAAUGGUGGAAGCUCGUGCGGAAAGAACAGGCCGAGUUCGCAUCCUUGCGCAAAAGGACUCGCAGCCGGCGAACAUUGACACAGGAGGAGCAGGCAGACGUAGUAGCUCUGCGGCAUUCGGGCUGGACUUACAAAGCAAUUGCAGAUAAGCUUGGAUGCCAGAGUUUGACAGCUAUCCGCAAUGUAUGCCUCGCCAAGGAGCAUGAAAGCACAAAUCCGUCGAUAUCCAGUCGUCUUCCCUGGUCUGAUGAGGAAAUUGCGCUACUCCGAACGCUGCUAUCGGAUGGAUUAACGCGGAGGGCUUUGUUCGCCUAUUUCCCUGGUCGAUCGCCAAUGGCAAUAAAUCGUCAAGCUUUUUUGCUGUCGAGCAGUCCAGCAGAGAAGCCCGCCCGCUCUGCAGGACCCAUACGACGGCGUGUAUGGAGCGACGAGGAGGAUACACAAUUGAAAACCCUUUACUCGCAAGGCAAGAAGGUGUCGUUCAUAAUCAAAGAAUUAGGCCGUACAGCAGGUGCAGUCUAUCUCCGCGUGCACCAGCUGCGCUUGGUGCGACCCCACGAUCUACGUUCUCAGAACGGCAUCACGCCGCCAGUUCAGACGCAGAACGAUUGCAACAAGGCAUCGAACAAAGUUGGCACCGAUGUACAACACCUCCCAUUCUCUGAGACGGGGCUCAACUUCCUUACGCACAACGACCAUCUCUGCUUUCCAACGCUCCCCCAGCUCUGGAUGAGUAUCAUUCAACAAACUCGAUAUGGCACCCCUGGCAGGGGAGCCUGUUUCGAUAUCUGCAUACAUGCUUGGCUCAAUAGGAAAUCGAAACCACGACCUUCGGCCGAAACCGCCCAUUCGGUCAGUCCUCGCUUCUUCAUGGCCGUUUUCUGUAUCCUCUCAUCACACAUUCUUGUGCAAGAGGAAUCAGUGCCCGUCACUGGCAUGAUCAGCAGGCCCGAAAACGUCGCGCUCGUUGACAGCCAUCACCUUCCCGCAUGCGAUGACAAAUUCUCGCGGUCGAGCGUGUGCUGCAGUGGUGGCUCUUCUUCGUCGCUAUCUGGCUCGCCAUUAUCUUCGAAUGCGAAGAUCUUUUUGGUCCUUCGCGACCGCGUCUUGCGCAGUAAUCUCUAUUCCCAGCCGCAGAAGAGCUUCAAUAACCUCUUGGGGUGCUUCUUGGACGUCUUUCAGCAGUUUCUGCUCCCGCGCCAGAUUCUCAAUCCCAUAUUCAUUCUUUCUCUUUCUGCCCUGAGCAAACGCGCCAAGAGGCUACUGAAUUUCGCGCCGACGCAUCCUUUGCGGUUUGGCGACUCUGUAGCGACCCUUCCGCCUCGAGGGCGAGCAAUGUUGGUAUAUUCUGGCCUCAAGACUCCAACUAGGAUACUGAAUUUCGGCAGAAGGCGACCCAAAAGUGAAGGUACCAUGACCUUGAAUCCAUCAAGGCGUCCCAUGGCCAGGCACGCCAGACACUGGGGCCUCACAGAAGAAACAUUGGGCCAGCUUCCGAUCUUGGAGAAGGCACUUGGCUGCACAACCGUCAUGUGUCACCGCCUGAGAGAUGGUUCCUUAUCGAGAGAAACCCUGCGAAACAUUGACAUGAUCUACGAAUCGGCUUGGAUGCGCAACAUCAACUACAUCGGGCUCGGCGGAAAUCAACGACAAGAAUUUCUAGAUCAGAUGCCUCACAAUCCUCCUUCUCUCGCUCCUCCAAUGACAACAAGACGCGCGCCGAGCCCUGAUCCUGAGCAUCCAGAACUCCAACCUCACCAUCAUCGAUCGGUACUGCACAAGCUGUACAACCAAGGAGGGUCAAGGCAUAACGUAGAAUUCCCCCAACGUUGGAAAGAGGAGAGAAGGCAUCCACCUAGUACUUCCAUACACCGCCUGCUCCGUCAACGCAUACACAUCUUAGAGAAUCUCAAGUUUCAGCCCACAUCUGAGCGCUUUGGCUGA